CGGAUUAGAAAAAAAAACAGUUGGAUAUCCACGGAUCCAAGCACUACGUCACGAGCAUAAUCAGAUUAUGCCUAUUACAACCAUUAUACCCAUUAUAUCCAUUAACCCAUUACAACCAUUACGUAUAUCCAUUAACCCAUUACAACCAUUAC